CGACACAUCCGGGUCCUUCAGGAUCACAGACUUCAAAAUGGCGGCGUCCAUCAUCACCAAGCUGUUAGCAGCCUGGACUCCCAGGUUCUAUCCGGUCAGGUGGACCCGCUACAACCCGUACUACCUAGAACCCGACCCUUGUAAGGAGGUCUAUUCCAUCCCUGAGUCGGAGCUCAGCGCUGAGCAGAAGGAGGAAAAAGAGCUGAAAACCCUGAGACCCAUCAAAGCAGCCAAGUCCAGUGCCACCAGCUCGCCAUUUGAUGAUCCAGUGAUCAGCAAGUUCAUCAACAUGAUGAUGCAGGAUGGGGACAAGGUGCUGGCUCGAGGAAUCAUGACGCAGACUUUGGAGUCGAUCAAGAGAAGGCAGGUGGAGAAGUAUCACCGCGCUCAGACCGCAGAGAGGGAGGAGAUAGAGUGUAACCCCUACGCCAUCUUCCACCAGGCCUUAGAGAACUGCAAACCCAUUAUCGGCCUGGCCAGCAUUCAGAAGGGAGGCAGGAACUACCAGGUUCCCGUUCCUCUGACGGAUAAGCGGCGCCGUUUCCUGGCCAUGAAGUGGAUGAUCACGGAGUGCAGAGACAACAAACACCGGCGCACACACAUGUACGAGAAACUCUCCCAGGAGCUCCUCGCCGCCUUCAACAACGAGGGCAACGUCAUCAAACGCAAACACGACCUGCACAAGAUGGCUGAAGCCAACCGGGCGUACGCGCACUACCGCUGGUGGUAACGAUGAAUGGAGCGUGGGUUCUUCUUCUUCUCCUCACACACACACCACGUCGUGUUUGGGAUUGGAGCACAGCCUCGGACUGGUUAAGAUGUACAACAUAGAUUCUUAACCUGAGACUCUUCGCUUAUUCUAAUGUCUGUUUAAUGUAAUUAUGUGAACAUAAAUAUGACAAUGUAUUUGUGUGCGUGUUUUUUUUUUUGUUACUGUUAAUAAAUAAAUAAAUUUCUUUGGA